AUGCGCGGUGCCAGACUGCCCAUGUCUCUGGCCGUGGGUGUCAGCCCACGGCAAGCCCUAAGACCAUACGGCUAUUUCACCCCCGAUGUCUUUACCAAAUCGAUCCCCUCUAAUGUCCUCCACGGCGAACACAAUGGGCUAAGUCGUCUCUAUUCAACCGCCUCGGGUGCUUUCCGGAAAGCUCACAACCCACUCUUGCUCCAAAUCAACACUCCCAAUAAUACCAACUCUUCCUCUCGCAUUACCUCUCAAGCCCGCCUUCUCUGUUCGACACCACGUCUCCUCCAAGCGAAACCUGCCGUCGCCAAAGAUUCCACCCGGACUACCCCGGAACCUCUCGAAGAGGAUGACAAGGGCUUCGAAUUGUCCGAGCGCGCAGCACAGGCAGCUCAGGUGAAUAUGAGCGCCAGACUCAACAAGGAUGGCGGAAAGAAGUCCGGGUUCGGCGAAAUCUGGCGACUUUUGAAGAUCGCUCGGCCUGAAUCGAAGGCGCUCAGCUUUGCCUUCUUUUUCCUUCUGGUAUCCUCAUCGAUCACAAUGGCAGUUCCCUUCUCCAUCGGCAAAAUUAUGGACAGUGCAACUAAAAGUGCGGCUGAAGGUGGCGGCGAAUUGUUCGGCCUCAGCAUGCCCAUGUUUUACGCUGCCCUCGGCGGAGUCCUAUUCCUCGGCGCUGGUGCGAACUAUGGGCGCAUAAUCAUUCUCCGAAUUGUUGGUGAGCGAAUUGUUGCCCGGCUGCGUUCAAAGCUUUUCCGUCAGACGUUCGUGCAAGAUGCCGAGUUCUUCGAUGCAAACCGAGUUGGUGACUUAAUCUCGCGCCUUAGCUCUGACACUAUCAUUGUUGGCAAGAGUAUUACGCAGAACUUGUCUGAUGGACUACGAGCUGGUGUCAGUGGCGCAGCUGGGUUCAGUCUGAUGGCCUAUACCAGUGCAAAGUUAUCCAUGAUUUUGCUUGUAUUGCUUCCUCCAAUUGGCCUCGGUGCUCUCUUCUACGGUCGUGCCAUUAGAAACCUCAGUCGCAAGAUUCAAAAGAAUUUGGGCUCUUUGACCAAGAUUGCCGAAGAGCGGUUGGGCAACGUUAAGACCAGUCAGUCCUUUGCUGGCGAAGUUCUUGAAGUGGGUAGGUACAAUAAGCAAGUGCGCAAGAUCUUCGAGCUUGGCAAGAAGGAGUCCUUGAUCAGUGCGACUUUCUUCAGUUCGACUGGCUUGAUGGGAAAUCUGACCAUUUUGACACUGCUGUAUGCUGGUGGUGGGAUGGUUCAAUCAGGUGCAAUCACCAUUGGAGAGUUGACCUCCUUUUUGAUGUACACCGCAUAUGCCGGCUCGAGUAUGUUUGGCCUAUCCAGUUUCUACUCAGAGCUUAUGAAAGGUGUGGGUGCGGCGAGUCGACUCUUCGAGCUACAAGACCGUCAGCCUACCAUUCACCCUACUAAGGGUCAAAGGGUUGAGACCGCUCGCGGGCCUAUUCGAUUCGAAAACGUCACGUUUAGCUAUCCCACCCGUCCUGCCGUGAAGAUUUUCCAGGAAUUAAACUUUGAGAUCCCUCAAGGGACCAACGUUGCGAUUGUCGGUCCAUCUGGAGGAGGAAAAUCAACCAUUGCGUCCAUUCUGCUCCGGUUUUAUCAACCCACUGAGGGCCGGGUCUUGAUCAAUGGAAAAGAUAUCACGGAGAUGAACGCCAAGUCUCUUCGGAGAAAGAUCGGUGUAGUCUCCCAGGAACCCGUGCUCUUCUCUGGAACGAUUGCCGACAACAUCUCCUACGGCAUGCCCCAUGCCACCCGCUCUGAGAUCAUUGCUGCUGCUCGCAAGGCCAAUUGUCAAUUCAUCAGCGACUUCCCCGAUGGCCUCGAUACCCACGUUGGAGCUCGUGGGGCCCAGUUAUCAGGUGGUCAAAAGCAGCGCAUUGCCAUUGCACGCGCCCUCAUCAAGGACCCCGAUAUCCUGAUCUUGGAUGAAGCAACUUCCGCUCUGGACGCUGAAUCCGAGACCCUCGUCAACAGUGCGUUGGCCGCUCUGCUUCGCGGUAACAACACAACGAUCAGCAUUGCCCACCGUCUUUCCACCAUCAAGCGUUCUGACACGAUCAUUGUUCUUGGCAAUGACGGCAAGGUCGCGGAGCAAGGUCCCUACGAGGAGCUCAGCGCCCGUCCAGAUGGUGCUUUCACGAAGCUUAUGGAGUGGCAAAUGAGCGGAGGCGAGACACACCCUCCUCCAAUUAAGGCUAUUGAGCCAGAUCAGCUCUGGGAGCUCGAGAAGGAGGCCGAGCCUGAGCUAGAGGAGGAAGAAGAGGACGAGGAUGAGCCCGUGCCCCGCAAGAAGGAAUAG